AUGUCCGCCUUCUGCCUGUCCGUUUCAGCACCGCCCGAGCUGGACAGCGCCUGCCGCAUGGAGCUGCCCGGGGCGGCGGCGGCCGGAGCGCAGGACAGCCACUGCGCCGCGGCCCCGGCGCCUGCCCGCCCGGCCUCGGUGGACCUGGAGCUGGCGCUGGAGGAGGAGCUGGCCCUGCUGGCCGCCGCCGGGGAGCCGCCGGCCGAGCCGGAGCCGCAGGGCCCGCCCGUGGCCGUGCCCGAGCCGGAGCUGCUCUCCCUGAUGAGGCAGAAGGAGAAGGACUUGGUGCUGGCCGCCCGGCUGGGGAAAGCGCUGCUGGAGCGCAACCAGGACAUGGGCCGCCAGUACGAGAGGAUGCACAAGGAGCUGACCGACAAGCUGGAGCACCUCGAACAAGAGAAACAUGAACUAAGGCGAAGGUUUGAGAACAAAGAGGGGGAAUGGGAAGGAAGGGUAUCAGAGCUGGAGAGCGAUGUGAAACAGCUCCAGGAUGAACUGGAGAAACAACAGGUCCAUCUACGGGAAGCAGAUAGAGAGAAGACUCGGGCGGUCCAGGAACUAUCUGAACAGAACCAAAGACUCUUGGAUCAGCUCAGCAGGGCAUCAGAGGUGGAAAGACAACUGUCUACGCAGGUUCAUGUCCUCCAAGAGGACUUCAGGGAGAAGAAAUCAUCAACCAGCCAGCACAUAGUACGACUUGAGAGUCUUCAAGCGGAGAUCAAGAUGCUUACGGAUAGGAAGCAUGAGUUAGAGCGUCGCCUCAGUGCCACGAUGGAGGAAAAUAAUCUCCUUCAGGGAACAGUGGAGGAGCUUCAAGACCGAGUGUUGAUCUUGGAACGACAAAGCCAUGAGAAGGACAUGCAGUUGCACCAGAGCCAGAUGGAACUCCAGGAGGUGAGACUGUCGUAUCGGCAGCUACAGCUAAAAGUGGAGGAACUCAGCGAGGAGAGAAGCCUCCAACAUUUCAACUCGACCAGCACGUCCUUGCUGUCAGAGAUUGAACAAAGCAUGGAGGCUGAGGAGCUGGAGCAAGAGAGAGAACAGCUGAGGCUCCAGCUCUGGGAAGCUUACUGCCAAGUCAGGUACUUGUGCACUCACCUCAGAGGGAACGAUAGUGCAGAUUCUGCAGUCUCAACAGACUCUUCCAUGGAUGAAUCUUCAGAAACCUCAUCAGCCAAAGACGUGCCAGCCGGCAGUCUACGCACCGCUCUCAGUGAACUGAAGCGACUGAUACAAAGUGUUAUAGAUGGCACAGACUCCCCAAGUUCUCGUAGAAGUGACGAUGAUGCCUUAGAAGAUCAGAUCAAGCAGACAAGUGAGGACUCAAGAGCCCUGAGGGAGCUAAUGGAAGGUGAGCGGGGGAAACUGAGGCAGAGCCUGGAAGAGCUGCAGCAACUCCACAGCCAGGUAACACUACUGAGCGUAGAAAUGACUUCCCUUAAAGAGGAAAGGGACAGACUCCGAGGGACUGUUGAUGAUAAAGACACAAGCGAACAACUCUUGAAGGCCAUCAGGGAUCGGGAUGAAGCAAUUGCCAAGAAGAAUGCUGUCGAAAUGGAACUAGCCAAGUGCAAGAUUGAUAUGAUGUCUUUGAAUAGUCAGCUCCUGGAUGCCAUCCAACAGAAACUUAAUCUUUCUCAGCAGCUUGAGGCGUGGCAGGAUGAUAUGCAGAGGGUCAUUGACCAGCAGCUGAUGGACAAACAUCCAAAGGAAUGGAGCCAACCCACUUACUCCUUCUCCAGUGGUCCUGGAGCAAAGCGGCGCAGCAGACCCUCUCCCUUGCUGAGGCCUGAGCAGCAAGGGACCGAGCCCGUCGGGGCAGAAGGGAGUCGCCUCUUUUCUUUUUUCAAGAAAAAUUAGUUGGAACAGAGCAAGCACUUUCCAGU